AUGUAUAUCGGUGUCAUCGUAUUAGAGAUACCAUCAAAUAUUGUUCUCCAUAGAAUCGGCCCUCGCUGGUGGAUUGGCGGCCAGGUGUUCAUAUUUGGCUUCAUUGCGGCCCUGCAGGUUUUCCUUCGAGACAAAACGGGAUUUCUCUUGACAAGAGCAAUUCUUGGUCUUACGGAGGCUGGCUAUAUUCCUGGGGCCAUGUAUACUUUAUCAACAUGGUAUACAAAAGAGGAGAUUACCAAGCGUAUUGCUAUAUUCUUCUUUGGAAUGUUUGGUGGCACAGCUAUUUCCCCGUUGCUGGGCGCAGGGCUUUUAAGACUCGACGGCAAAUGUGGGAUCUCAGGAUGGCAGUGGAUAUUUCUUGUCGAGGGAGUUUGGUCAAUCACUAUCUCUCUGAUGCUACUAAUUCUUCUCCCUGAAAGGAAGAUAUACCAGCUUAUUGAAACAAAUGGAGAAAAAGAGAGCGUGGAGAUACCGGACAAACACAUACGCUUGGACUUGGUAUGGAAGACACUCACCAAUGUCUACAAAUGGCCCCAUUUUCUGGCUACUGCUUGUGUAUUCUCCACUUGGUGUCCUCUCACAACCUAUACACCUACUACAAUCAUGUCACUGGGAUUCACACGAGUCCAAGCUAACGCUUUGGCCGCAAUCGGAUAUUUACUCACUCUGCCUGUUGUAUCAUUCUUUGCUUGGCUAAGCGAUAAAACGAAAAAGCGAGGACUCGCGAUUGGAAUAGCCAUCUUAGCGUACCUUAUUUCACUGAUUGCGCUUAGGACCAUCCAGGACCAUGUUGGGCGAUGGAGCAAGUUUGGGCUUUGGACGACAGUGAAUGGGCUUGCGGUGGGAUAUCACCCGAUCCAUAAUGCAUGGAUCCAGAUGAACAGUCGAAGCCCUGAGGAGCGAAGCAUUGGAGUGGCGAUGUUCGUCAUGACAGCCACAAGCGGGCUGAUGGCUGGUACACAGAUCUUUCGGGCGGAUGAUUCCUCGGAGCUUUAUCCAAGAGGCUUAAUUGUUAUGAUUGCUUUGGUCAUAGCAGGGCUCUUUUUGACCGCAUUCCAGUGGCUUAUCUAUUUUAUCCAAAACAGAAACGCCAAGAUGCGAUCUGGAUCCCUGGAGGUUAAUAUUUUAUGA